ACGAUGCGUACGUUUUUGAAGUUGUGUUGUAUUGCCUUGUAACUUGACAACAGUCAGUGUUUCACCUGAGUGAAACAGGUGUUUCUGUUAUUAUUUUAGAACACGUAGCUAUUGAAAAACAUUGUAACAACUUCGUAUUAAAACUUCAAAAGAAUUGUAUUUUUAUAUAAUUAAAUCUAUUAAGUUAUGUCAGUUCAUAAAGGCAAUUCGCCAAGGUGUGAAGUGUGACAAAACUGCAAACUUUCUCAGCUUAUCAAUUUCGCGGUUCUAAACUGUAGCAAUCUGUUCAAAAUGAGUUGAACAAACUUUCGUGCGGUCGUUGUGAGGUGUUUGUGGUACCAGUGCAGUGAAAAAGUACAAAAAUGACCACGGACAGGUUUCAUAAGGCAGCCAAAGACGGCCUGCUAGAGGUGCUACGAGAGGCUACUCGCAAGGAAUGCAACAACAAGGACGAGUCGGGCAUGACGCCUACACUCUGGGCUGCCUUUGAGGGACACAUUGACGCUUUACGACUGCUAUGUGGCAGAGGAGGAGAACCCGACAAAGCUGAUUACUUCGGCAACACAGCGCUCCACCUAGCGGCAGCCCGGGGACACAAAGAAUGCGUCACUUUCCUCAUCAACUUUGGCGCCAAUGUGUUCGCGAUGGACGUCGACGGCCACACUGCGCAAGAGUUGGCCGCCAUUAAUGGCAGGGACGAUAUUCUGCGCUAUCUCGACCAGGCUACUGCUAAACUGGAGAAUAAUGAUAAAAAAAAGGCCAAGUCCCUAAAAGAAAAAGCGAAAAAGGACUACGAGAAAUCCCACAAGCAAUACCAGAAACGGCAGAGUAAGGCUGAUCUGAUAGCCGAGAAGGAGAUGAAGAAGUUAGCCAAGGAGUGGGACCAGGGUUAUGUGGAAGAAGUCCAUACCAUGCCGCAUCGACCCAGCAAUGUGCUGUGGGCUCUUAAGCAGAAGAUGACUAGGUCUACUAGCCAUGGUAAUCUCCUAGCAGAUGAACAGCCCCGACCGACAUACAGUGCACUGGUAGGCACCGUGAACUCCGGCGCCCGAGGCCGCGGCGCCGUCUACAAGAAGGCGCUCGCCAGCAAGCUGAGGAACAACACUGUGGGACGCAGCGGAGCUAAUGUGCCCACUGAUGACUUCAAGGUUGGAGAAAUAGAGACGACUGGUCGUCGUUCCGUCACGUCCCUGAGCGGGGUGCGGCGAGACUCGGAGGUCAUGUAUGUGGGGACCUUCGGAGCUGGUCCUCAGGCGAGGGGCAACGUGUCUGAUGUCUUUGCUGAACAGCAUCCUGAGCCGGUGCAGAAGAAACCACUCACCAGGUCUGCAAGCCAACCAGACUUCGCGGCAGUGAACGAGGACAGCGGUAUUGGACAAGAAGUGAUGUUGCAAGAACCUGCUAGCAUAUUCGAACGACCCGGCUUUGGUAGCGUCGCUUUCAGACGUUCAAUAACAGCGACUCUGAGUGCUCUGGGCGGCGGCGCGGCGCCGGGCGAGGACCUGUCCAUCGGCUCUGCCGGCUCCCUCGCAGCCAGGCAUGCCUACCAGCCUGCUGAGUGGACUUCUGCACAGUCGGAGAGCUCAACAAUAACAUCAGACGAGGAAGCCGAAGCCGAGGAAUCAGGGUACGCCUCCCUCGAACGAUUCCUCACAGCCUGGGGUCUCUCCCAAUACGUACAGAAGUUCAAGGACGAACAAAUUGACCUCGACGCUCUCAUGCUGCUCACGGAAAGUGACAUGAAGACCUUAGGACUCCCUCUAGGACCUUACAGGAAACUGGUCACAGCUGUUCAAGAGAGAAAACAAGCCUUAUCGCACCCGGGACCUAUGAUAGAUACGGCUAUAUGAUUGGUAGGUAUGGUAUAAAAUGUGUGCUCAAUUUUUUUGUUAAAUGGUAGAAUUUUUGGAUUUUGUUGUGGUUACAAACCAUAGUAGAAACGAUGUUUCUUGGCGAGUCUGAAGUUAAAUGUUUUAGUUACUCUGUAGAUCUCUUAAGAACGAAACAUAACGACGCAGGUAACUUCAGACUCGCAAAGAUACACUUCCAAUCAAAUUAAUUUGACCCUUCGAAACCCACAACACACUACAGCCCAUUCGCGAUGAGUUCAUAUAGGCCAAAUGAUUUGACGAGAUGUGUACUGUACAUCGGCCGUAGACAUCUGUUGAACACUUGUCUAAAAAAAUCUGGCUACAAAACGGAGACAUUUUUUUCAACAAGUGUUCAACAGACGUUUAUAAGUUUUUGUGGUACUACGGUAGAUGUCCUAAAGCUAAGUAUCUAUAAAGUACACAAUUCUGAUUUCUACCCAUUUUUGCACAUUAUUUAUAUGAGUAUUAUGAUCAUUUCUUACAUUAUUUUUGAGUGCUAUUAGUGUGUUAUGUAUCUUAUAUAAAUAAAAUUGAUGUUACAAAUGCCUAAAACGACGUGGUAUUUCGUUCAUAGAACGUUAGGAAUAAGUUGAAAGUGUGGUUUAAGUAAAAAUAUGAAACUGUUUGUGUUAACAAACAAAUAUUAUGUACUUCACACCAACAUAUUUUUUAUUCAUAGCCUUUUAUAUGUAUUUCUUAAUAAUUUCUUGAAUUAUUAUUUUUCUUAUUAAAAUGAAAUAAUGUUUAUUAUUCCUCAUGAAAUGUGAUAGUAAAUGUUCGAUAUCAUUCCAUCCAGUGUUACGUCCAAUCGCCAUAUUAAAUAUUUUUGUACAGUUUUUGAAUAUACAUUUUUAUGAAA